UGGCUCCGCGGCGUGCACCUGAAACCCAAGAACCGUCGGUGGACGCCGAGGUGUGGCGGGGGUCUCCGCGCGGGGGUCCGAGAGAAUGUGGGGCCAGCGGCAUGGGCCCGGACGAUGGCGAGCCCGCGGCUGUUGCCGCCGUCGUGACUGAGCCUCGCUUCGCCCAGAGCUACAGGGACUACCUGCGGAGGCAGAAGCUCGUGGACACGCAGCACCGCGUGCAGCAGCUGCCCGACGGCACCGUGGCGCUGCCGGUGCUGGGGGAGAGCCUCACGGAGCUGCACCUGCAGGAGCUGCGGGAGAGCGUGGCCCCGGGCAGCACCUGUGUGCUCACCCAGCUCCGGGGGGCUCUGCCGUCCAAGGCGGCCCGGGGCCGUUCGCCCGCCCAGAGGCUGUGCCGCGAGGUGAGUCGCUGGGUGGAGGGCCGCGGAGUGCCCUGGUCGGCUGCGCUGCAGGCGGAGCUGCCCCGGUCCUGGCAGAGGCACGGGGACCUCCUGUUGCUGAGUGAGGACUGUUUCCAAGCCGAGGAGUGGAAAGAUCUGACGCCGGAACUCUGGGAGACCGUGGCCUCGGCUCUCGGCGCGCAGCGCUUGGCCAAACGAGGGCGGGUGGCCCCGGAUGGCACUCGGACCCCGGCGGUGACGCUGCUGCGGGGUGAGCACGGCUGGGUGGAGCAUGUGGACAAUGGGAUCCGAUAUGCGUUCGACGUGACCCAGUGCAUGUUCUCCUUCGGGAACAUCACGGAGAAGCUCCGAGUGGCGUCGCUGCCCUGUGCUGGCCAAGUGCUGGUGGAUCUUUACGCCGGGAUCGGUUAUUUUACACUGCCCUUCCUGGUGCAUGCUGGUGCCUCCUUCGUCCAUGCCUGUGAGUGGAACCCCCAUGCCGUGGCUGCGCUGAGCCGGAAUCUGGAGCUCAAUGGGGUAGCAGAUCGGUGCCAGAUUCACUUUGGAGAUAAUCGGGAGUUGAAGCUCUCCGACAUUGCUGACAGGGUAAUCCUGGGACUGAUCCCCAGCUCUGAAGAAGGCUGGCCCAUUGCCUGCCAAGUGCUGAGACAGGACUCUGGGGGUAUUUUGCACAUCCACCAAAAUGUGGAAUCUUUCCCAGGGAAAGCGCCCCAGACUCCUAGAAACAGGGACGUGGAAGAGGUGGAGCCUUGGCUUUCUUCUCAGGAAAUCACCAACCAGUGGGGAAAUGGAGAUAGCAGGGAUUCAGGAAAAAUAGUGUCAGCAGCUCCCAAGCCAGAAUGGCAGAGGUGGGCACAGGCUGCAGAAACUCGCAUUGCUGGCCUUCUCCAGCAGCUGCACGGGAAGCCGUGGAGGACCCGAAUCCUGCACAUUCAGCCCGUGAAAUCUUAUGCUCCCCAUGUAGACCACAUAGUCCUGGACCUGGAGUGCCGCCCCUGCCCUCUAGUUGACUAAAGAAGGUGGAUCCUGAGACAUGCUGCUCUACAUGUGAGUGACUUUGGUGCACCAGCUUGGCCAGUUUCUCACAUCGCUAAUAUCAUACUUGUCUUAGUAUUUUGUGGCCUUAAGAACCAGCUUUAGUUCAAUCCAGAUUACUGCACAUGUCUUCAAACAAACCCAAGAUGAGCUUUAUGUCAGGGAGAAGUAUGACUUGUUGAAGUGAUGCCCACAUGUGCAGUCAUGAAUUCUGACCACAAUUCUAACCUUGGGCACAGGAUUUCAGUAUUAUUUCCUUAUAUUUUUCUCAUUGCAAAAUAAGGGCUUCUUGGGGUAGAGAGAUAGUACACUGGAUAGGGCACUUGCCUUGCAUGCAGCCGACACAGCUUCUGCAUCUCUCAUGGUCCCCUGAGCACCACCAGUAGUAACCCCUGAGCAUCACUGGGUGUGGCCCAAGUAAGGAUUUCUUUGAAUUGUCUCCACAUGGGGCAUUUGCCAUUUUUAGAGCAAAAGACACAAUGGCAUUUCCAGAGUCAAUUCUCUCCAGCGUCACUAAGGAGGUCCACGAUGGAAGUGGGGAGAUUGGUGGAGCCUUCUGAGGUGUCCAGACAUGAGAUGAUGGUUAGACUAGAGUGGUGGCCGUGGGAGAGAAGUGGGUUUGAAAAACUGAUGGGACUAAGAUUUGGAGUCCAGUGGUUCUCUUUUAUUAUGUAUAAAUUUGGGCAGGAUCAGAAUAAAAAUUACAUCAUCUAACUCCCCUUUAGCGUUUGUGAGAGUUGGAAGAAUGUCAUAUAUAGUUUUUUGUGAUAAACAAAAAUUAGGAUGUUUGCUUGAAACUUGUCAGAAGCUUCUGUUUCUGCAGUAAAUACCAAUUACUAUUUUCAAAGUUUAAAACCUUGGAUUUCUAGGGGCCAGAGAGAUUGUAGGUAUGACACUUGCCAUGCAUGUGGCUGACUCAGGUUCGAUGCCUGGCACCUCAUAUAUGGUCCCCCAACCUCUAGGAAUGAUCCCCGAGCAGAGAAUAAAGUGAGCCCUGAGUACUCCUGAAUGUGGUCCAAAAUGAACCCCCCCAACCCCUCCGUGACUUCUACAGGCUUUCCCUUUAGUUUUCCUACCCUGACUAGCAAAAACAGGGCUAACAAGGAGCUAAAGGGAAUGAGAGAGUCUGCAGCUUGUCAAGCCUCACCUUAUUUUAUGGCAUCUGCCAUCACCAUUGUUUUUCACUAGAACGAACAGUCAUUACACUUCAUUUAACCUUUGGUAUGACUAAUUGCUAUCUGGGCUUCUGUGCUUACUGAAGGAAAUGUAGAAAGUCUUGAUCAGGAUUUUUAUUGUAUGGUAUUUGGCUGCUUGCACUCUACCUAGAAGUGGCAAUAAGGAUAGGAAUGGUGCUGUUUGUGUUAUUCCACAAAUAAGUCCUACCACAUAAAUGAGCCCACAGGAAAUUUGAGGUUUCCUUAGCUACAAUCCCUUGUGUCCAAGGAGCUCACACCUUACAGCUGAAGUAGCACAGUAUGCAAAGAAUUGGAAUACAGUAAGUGCCAUAUGAGGAGAGCAUUUGGAGUGCAGGACUGGAAGGGAAAGUUCUGAAAAUGCAUAGGGAUAAAACUGAGGAAGAUUGUGGGAAGUGGAGUCAGAGCGGAAACAGGUGCAAACAUUUGGCUAGGGCAGAGGAAGCAGUGAGAGACUGAUGGAGUUGGUGUUUAAGGAUUACAGUCAACAGUCUCGAUAACACUGAGCUCGCAGGAAGUGUCUGCUGGCGUGCCCAGCACUGCAAAGCCUUGUUGCCAUGCUCAUCCCAUAGAAUGGCCCUCCUGGGUUUGCCUUAGUCAUCCCCUUUUUCAUAUACUGGGUUUCUUCUCAUGUGUGUGCCCGUGGCUUUCUCUCUCAAAGAUGCCAGGCCAAGUGGGGCUUGAGACCAAAUUUAGAGGAAGUAGGAGAAAUAAUAAGGAAGAUGACUCAAAGAGGUGCCUGACUAGGGACGAAGGAGUUACCCUCCUGCCAUAAACUUGGGUAGGCAGAAUUGGUGGGUGUGCCCAACAUGAAUUUAUCCAACCAGUUACAGCUAUCAGGUGGUGAGUGUUCACUGGUAGAAGAAGGUUGACAUGGGCACCAACUAGAACCUUAGAACUUAGGUUCCAUUCAUUCAACUGGCUCUCCUGGUGUGAUCUGAGGCAAGUUGUGAAACUCAGGUUAACUCUCCUCAUUUGUACAUUGGAAUUAACAGUUGUGCAUGCCCUGAAGGUGACUUAGGCCUAAAUGAAUUGACAUGUUAGUGCUGUCACAACAAUGAGCCUAGUGCAUACAGUCACUAUUUGUAUCAUAGUGAACUGCCAUUCUCCAGUUUGUUGGUGAGGAAUUGCUCUCAUUUAGUUUCCCUAAAACAGCAUGCUCUUAUUUUAAAAAAAUGAAUUGGGGCCAAAGUGAUAGUACAGUGGAUAGGGCGCUUGUCUUGCAUGUGGCUUACCCAGAUUUGAUCCCUAGCAUCCCAUAUGAUCCCCUAAGCCCAUCACGAGUGAUAACUGAGCAUCAUCAGGUUGUGGUCCCAAAACAAAUCCUGUACUUUUUCCAUCAGGCACUGCUGAGAACCAGGUAUGUAAUAAAGCUGAGUCAGUCCCAGUAGGCUGGUCAGACUGGAGAUGUGGCUUUAUAGUAAUUCGUAUUAGCACUGAGGUAGAAACUGCAAGCAUCUUAAUUAAAUGGGAUAGAACCAUGGACUGGGGGAGGUGAUGAUGGUGACUGGGAAGAAAAGGGUGUCCGUGGUUGAGCAGGAGUACAUGUGAAUGGAAAAAGUGGGUCUGUCUCAUGCCUUCAUGUUACAAGCUCAGUUUUCACUGAGUACUUGAUGGAUUGGCCUGGUCAGCAAGAGGCAUAAUGGAACCAAGGGAAAGAAAACAAAGGGAUCGGGAGACUCUGGAGUCCUUGUCACCUCAAUCUAAGAAUGGGGAACGUGAAAACUAUGAAGGCCUCCUUUACAAGCUUCAGCUCUGGUUGCCAGUUAAUCCCACCUGAUGGUGAUGUAUGUGACUAAAAAAACAACUUUUUUCAAUUUCCUCAACCAUGAGUUAUUCUAUUAACUCAAUAUUUAUUUAAUCAUAUGUAUUAUUGAGUAUAGUGUAUUCAACAGUUCCAUUUCAAAUACACAAACACCAAAACUUAAUAUGAGAAACAAAAUUAGUAAAAGCAUUAUAAAUUCAGUAUCUCCUACUCUGAAUACAGCAUGUAAAAAAACCCACUCCAGUCAGCCUCAGAGUACAACCACUUCACAACGGUAAACCACUAGUUAUUUUCUAUCAAACUAUUAUUAUAAAUGAUGACCAUUACUUAAAUGCAUUCCCCCCCAAAUUGUAAUCAAAAUCUUCCUGACUACAGUUGGUAAUAGGGUUGUAAAAUAGUGCAGUCCCUUUGGAAAACAAGCAGUCUCACCAAGUUUCUUCAUGAUUCGACAGUUCCACUCCUGUGUAUAUCUAUAUACCUGAGAAGCAUAUGUCCACACAAAAAGUUACACAUGGACCUUUAUAGUAGCGCCAUCUGUAAUAGCCAAAGAGGAAAUAUCUUUAAAGUUUUCCAGUUAUUGAAUAAACAAAAUAUAUAUUCAUACAAUAGAACCUUAGAAAAGGAGGAACGGGUUUUAUAUAAUGAUAUAUUUUUAUAUAAUUUCAUUAAAUGAAAAUCACAGAGAAGUUCCCUUGUUUUAUGACUUUAUUUCUAUGCAAAGGCCAGAGAGGUAAAUUGACAGAUUGUAGGCAAACAGAGGGGAAUUAGGGAGUAGCUGCUAAUGGACUGAGUUUCUUUUUGAGAUGAUGAAAAUGUUCUGAAAUUAUUGGUGGUUAUUGCAUCACUCCAUUAAUGUACUGGAGAUUAUGUAAUUGGGCCAGAGAUAGUUUAAAUGGCUGAGCACAUACUUUGUGUAUGGGAGGCCCAGAUUUGAGUCUUGGCACUACAUGGUCCCUGAGCACCACCGGAAGUGGCCACAAGCAGUGCCAGGUGUGACCCAAAUUCCCAGCCCCCUAAUUAUAUACCUUGCAAGGAUUAGUUAGUUAUAUCAUAGUAAAAAAAAAGUGAGGGGUACAUCCAGUGAUGUUCAGGGGUUACUCCUGGCCCUGCACUCAGGAAUCACUCCUGGCAGUGCUCAGAGGACCAUAUGUGAUGCCAAGGGUCAAACCAGGUGGGUUGUGGGCAGGACAAGUAUCUUGCCCACUGUACUAUCUCUCCAGGGCACUUAAUGAAAUUUUUUAAAAAAAGAUUUGGGAAGAGAAGGCAAAGGCUAAUCAGAGCUGGCCCCAUUGUGGCCCCCAUGCACUACUGGGCCAAAGCAUCUAACAGACCCCAACUCCCACUUUCCAGAACUGAUGAGUGUGCCAUCUCACCUAAGAAAAUGAUAGGAGUGGGGCUCGCAAGAUAGUACAGCAGGCAAGGCAUUUUCCUUGCAUGGAGCCAGCCCUGGUUUGAUCCCUGCACCCCAUGUGGUCCCCAUAUCCUCUGCACACAAGAACAAUCCCUGAGUGCAGAGCCAAGAGUAAGCCGUCAGCAGUGCUGGGUGUGCCCCCCCCCCCAAAAAAAAAGACCUCAAAAUGAGAAGACUGGAGAGUAUACAAGGUGUAAGGCUAUAUAAACCUUGUAUCCCACUGUAGUCCCAAAAUCAAAAGGAAAAACAAGAAGAUAAGGGAUCAGGGAUAUAGCUCAGUGAUAAAGCACUCGCUUUACAUGUAUAAGGUCCUGGGUUCAAUCCCUGACACUGCAAAAAAUUUUUAAAAAUCUCUUAAAAUGUGUAAGCCUUUAGGGCUGAAGAGAUAGUACAGUAGGUAUGGAACUUGCCCUAUCCUGCACGUGGUCAGCAAGGGUUUGAUCCCUGGUACCCCAUAAUCCCCAAGCCCCAACAGGAGUGAUCCCUGAGUACAAAGCUAGGAAUGUUUUGUACAACAUUCAAACAUUUGUACAUGUUUGGCACAGCCAGGUAUGUUCCCAAAAUAAAUUGAUGUGUUUGCGGACUGUAAAAGAAGUUAGCCUUGGGGGCUGGAGCAAUAGUACAACGGGUAGGGCAUUUGCCUUGCACAUGGCUGAUCCGGGUUCGAUUCCCAGCAUCCCAUAUGGCCCCCAGAGCACUGCCAGGAGUAAUUCCUGAGUGCAAAGCAGGAGUAACCCCUGAGCAUCACCGGGUGUGACCAAAAAUGCAAAAAAAAAUGUUAGCCUUGUAUACAUAAUUCAGAGUCAAAAGUUUUUGCAUCUACAGGAUGAAAUGACAGCCUCAAAAUGACUAGAAUCAGGAUUUAGUCCCCUUACAUUAAAUUGUACUGCUUCUUUCUUCAUAUUUGGCAGGACCCCCAGUGAAAUCAUUUGUGGUAAGUCUUGUAGCUAUAAAUUCAAUUCCUUUAUUAAUAAAGGAUAGUCGAUGUAUUUUUUGAAUGAGCAUUGGUCAGUUGUGCUUUCCAAGUAACUUACCAGUUUGAGCUAAUUAGCCAAACAUAUUGAUGCCGUUAUACUUUAAAUAACUAAAAUGUAUAGUAUGAUUCCUUAUUACUUAGUGAUAUUUUCUAUUUCUUUUUUCUGAUCAGUCCGUCUAGAGAUUUCUUUAAACUUAUUUAUGUCUCAUAUUCUUAGCUUUUGGUUGCACUGAUUUCCUCUAUUUCAGUUUCUCUCAUUUUUUCCCCCCUGUUUUGGAUACAAUUUCUCUUUCAUAAGAACAGUCUGAGAUCACUGACUUUAAUAUGGGCAUCCAUGGAAGAAGAAAUAGUCCGGAGGUUAAGGCACUUGCCUUGUACACCAGCAAACCCAGUUUAAUUCCUGGCACCAUAGCUAGUCUUGGGGCACCAUGAGAACAGUCAGGAAUAAGCUGCGAGUAUCCUGAUGUGGCCCAACGACCUCUGCCACCCACCCCGCCCCAAAUAUAUAUGUAUCCCUUGCUAUGCAUUUCUCUAGAGUGCUAUCCUGUUUUGGCUGGGUGAGAAGGUACUUAUCAGAAGCCUGAACAGGAUCCCAUGCAGAGUGAAGGGCCCAAAGCUUCCAUCUGUCAGACAUCACAGUCAUUUUAGUCAUCUUCCCUGGGCUCUCUCCCUAGAUAGACAAUUUUAACUUUGUAUUAUUUGUACUUUUGUAUUUUUAAGCAUUAUCUCAGCCUUCUGAUAACUUUUUAAAAAUUUAUUUAUUGAGUUUGGGAUGACACCCAAUAAUGCUCAGGGCUUACUCCUGUCUCUGCACUCAGGAAUUACUCCUAGCGGUGCUCAGGGGAUCACAUGGAAUGCUGGGGAUUGAACCCACAUCUGCCUGCCGCCUGCAAGUCAAGUGCCCUCCCCACAGUACCAUCUCUCUGGCUCAGCCCUCUGAUCAUUUUGGAUCAUUACCUAAGAUCAUUAUAAGAGCAGAAAUUAUCACUUAUUUAUAUUCUAAUAUAAACUUUAGUAUUACCGAAUGUCACAUAAUGAUUAAAAAAAAACCCACAGUAUUUUUUUGUUUUUUUGCUUUUUGGGUCACACCUGGCAAUGCACAGGGGUUACUCCUGGCUCUGCACAGUAUUUUCAUAGUACUUAUGAGACAUAAAUGGAGUCAUUUGGUGCUGUGUAUAAUAAUACUGAGUUCCAACUGAGAGUAUUCUCCUAAAAUUCACAUUAAACACUUAAAAUAUACUUAGUUUGUGGAAUUAGCAUGAGAAAUUAGUUCCAGAGGACCAGAUUACAGGCUCUGGAAUCCAAACUGAGCUAGAAAUGUGGUUGUCUUUUGGCUCUACUACUCUCUGUGUCCUUGGACAAGUCUGCUGAGGAUUAAAUCUGAUAAACAUGCUGUAUAUUUUGUACUUUUAGUCUGAUAUUAACCUUUCUUUUUCUUGGACAAGGAGACUGAAGGUUGGUGUGUUUAAGCAGUUUGUCUAGGGACAGAGAACUAGUAAGCAGCAGAAGCAAGCUAGCUGCCUGCAAGAUGUAGUGUACACUCACGAAAAUCUGUUGAGUAAGUGAAUGGACUGCUAAAUCUAUGUGCAAUAGUGACUUCAAAUGCCACUAUCAUUUCCUUUGUUAACUAAACAAAUACAGACUCUUCCCUAAUCAUUUGGCAUUUACACAAUGAUAAAGUUUAAACAGCUGAACUGUUGACGGGCAUAUCUGAGAUGUGCUUAAGUGAGAAAAACUACAAUAAUUUGGGAGCAGAAAUGAUUGCAUAGGUCCCAAGAUCUGUAAUAAAGUUCUGUAUUUAUUAUCCUUUGGCUCUCAAUCCCUACCCUUCCUACUAGCACCUCCAUCUUCCAUUAGAAAAAAAUAGAAGAUAUGUUGGUGAACUGGGAGGUGGAUAAUUUGUAAGAGCAAUUUCCUUCUGCUUCCUUGCAGUAAGGAGGCAGCAUGCACCUGCCCUCUGGUACAGUCAGGGUAGAGAUGAAUGGUUCAAUACAUUCCAUCAAUUGCAUGGUCACUCUUGCAGCUUCAAAUCUGAUGAAUAAUGAAAUCAACCAUCUAAUGAGUUCCCUUUUCGCAUAAAACAGGCCAUCAUGUGCUUCUGUUGCUUGAAAUAAAAGACUUGGCUACUACAAAUGUUGAGAGAAAACUCAAAACUUUGCAUGCAUCCUAGAGCUUGCCUUUGAAUAUUAACACAUUGACACCACCGCUGCAAUUUGUACUAAUUAAAAUCACAUUCAAGUAUGACCCACUGAUGGUACAUGUCAAUGUCAAUAUGUUAAAGACAAAUGAGAUUUUUUUUAACCAGAUGAUUUAUGUUUAAAUUUGUGUCUCUUCAAUACAAAUCUAGUUUUAAGGUAGUAUUUCGAAAUACAUGCCAAGAUUUUAUUCAGAUACUCGUUACACAGGUGGGGAAAGUAAGACUUAGAGUGUAAGAAUGACUCUACCAGAGGCUGAAAAGAUGGUACUGUGAGGAGGGUGCUUUUGUUCCUUGCAUGCAGCUGCCCCAGGCUUGAUCCCUGUCAUCCUAUAUGGUCCCCCAAGCCUUCCGGGAGUAAUCCCUGAGUGUAGAGCCAGGAAUAAGUCCUGUACAUUUCUGGACAUAGCCCCCAAACAAAAACAAAAAAGAAUGACUGUACCAGGACUCCUGAGUGUUCUUGGCCUAAGAGGGCCCAGCAAUGAUAACAGAAAAAAAAAAGUUAGCUUAUAUUAUUUUUUUAAUUUAUUUUUUAAUAAGUGAAUCACCGUGAGGGUACAGUUACAGAUUUAUACAUUUUUGUGCUCAUGUUUCCCUCAUACAAAGUUUGAGAACCCAUCCCUUCACCAGUGCCCAUUCUCCACCACAAAUAAACCCAGCAUCCCUCCAACCCUCCCCAAUCCCAUCUCCCCCCCACCCCACCCUGUUACUGUGGCAGGGUAUUCCCUUUUGUUCUCUCUCUCUAAUUAGGUGUUGUGGUUUGCAAUAAAGGUGUUGAGUGGCCAUUGUGUUCAGUCUCUAGUCUACAUUCAGCAUGCAUCACCCUUCCCCCACGUGGCCUCCAACCACAUUUUACUUGGUGUUCCCUUCUCUAUCUGAGUUGCCUUCUCCCCAGAAUGUGGGGCCAGCUUCCAAGCCAUGGAGUCAACCUCCUGGUACUUAUUUCUACUAUUCUUAGGUGUUAGUCUCCUACUCUGUUAUUCUAUAUUCCACAGAUGAGUGCAAUCUUUCUAUGUCUGUCUCUCUUUCUGACUCAUUUCACUUAGCAUGUAUAUCAGAAAUUCUUACACUAAUAAAAUUUGUAUCAAAUAUUAAAAAAAUUAAUGACUGAACAUUUUUAAAUGCCUUUAGAUAAAUCUUAAAAUGUCACUUUUUUUUUUAAAUUAAAAAAGGAAGAAACUAUUUUAUUCUCCAUCCCACAUGCCCAUAGUAUGACACUAACUGCCCGUCUCCUCUACCACAUUCCUAGCUUAGUGUAGUCCUUGGGGAGUCCUUUCCUCCCUAAUAGGUUCUUAGUUUUCUUUCCUUUGUGAAUUUAGUCAAAACCACAGGUUAUUCCCCUGAUAGGUAGUUUAGGAAAAUUAGUCUGGCUGAGUAAACACACUGGGUUCAGAAAGUGGAAGCUCUGAGGAGGGCAUGCAAAUGAGGCAGGCAAGUUGAGGUAAGAAUUUUUAGGAAGGGAAGGAAAAAGAAAGGGUAUAGAGAAAGGAUGGAUAUAUUUAGUUGUGGAUGAAAAGAGAAGUGAACAAAGAUUCGUCACAUUCCUGAACUUUAGUUAGGCUUGUAUUUAGGUCCUGGAUUUGACUUUUAGCCCUGCACCUACCGCAGAUCCUCAACAUUUUGUUCAGUCAUGAUGGUGUUGAUGAGAAAGACACAGUCCUAGAGGAACUGUUUUUGUUUCACUAAAGCAUUUCACCAAAAUUCCUAAAUUCCCAAGAACCUAUCAAUGACUAGAAACGAAGAUUCUGCCUGGUCAGCUGUUCUUGAUAACUUGAUAACUUACCUUUACCUCAGUUUCCUCUUCAGUGAAACAGAUAACACCUACCAAAAUAAGGCCGAUUCCAAGAGGUAAGCAACAGGGAAAUGCCUCCAAAGCACCUGGCCCAGUAAGCACCAGACAAAUGCCCCUCAUUGUUAGCAGGGGUAACAAGAGAAGGUUACAAUGACACACUGGACUAGAUUCUGGUGUGGGGGUCAAUCAAACCUCACACACUGUGACCCACUUAAGGGAGUCUUGGGGGGCUGCAUCCAACAAUCCUCCACCUUUAGGAAGGUUCUUUUUAAGUUUUUAUUAGGGGACUGUGAUUUACAAAGUUUCAGGGAUACAAUGUCCCAACACCAAUCCCACCACCAGUAUCAACUUCCCCCCACGCCCAGAGGUGUCUUAACUCACCAACAGUAAUAGUCCUACAGAGACCUGCUAAUAAUGGCAUUGCCCUGGUGAAUCUGAAUCUGAGGUGCAGAAUCCGACCCAAUCUUUUUUUUCACCUGGUAAGCAACAGAAAGCUAAGGGUGGCCAGAUACUAACCACAGGUUUGGAAAAGAAAGUGAGGGGAGACAGAAACUAAGACCUCCUUUUCCUGGGGCCCUGGAAAUCAGGAUAAUCAUUGACAGCAAGACAGACACGUGGGAGAAACCCUGAGUCACGGGAGGGUGAUCAGAACUGGGAGCUCAUGGAGCAUAUAUUUCUUUAACUUUGUUUUGGGAUCACACCCGGCUUGCUUCAGGAUCUGUGCUCCCGGGUCAUUCCUGUUGGUAAUUAUGGGACCACAUGCAGUGCCGGUAAUUAAACCGGGGUCCGUCACAUGCAAGAUGCUGAGCCAAUGCACCAUCUCUCCCGCUCUCACUGGAGCAUCUUUUUUGGCGGGAGGGGGCAGACUCGGCAGUGGUUAGCGAUCACUCCUGGAGGGGCUCGGGGGACCACCUGUGGUGCAGAGGCUCUAACCCGGAUCAGCUGCGCACUCGGCAGGUGCUCUCCCGGCUACCCUACCUCGAGAGAUACUACCUUAUUAGGAUCCUACCUCACGGAGUAUCCUAACCAAUAAACUGCGCCUUGAGUGGGGCUUCGGCCUUCAGGGGUGGCCAACUGGAGAGGUACUUGGACCUCGGUCAAAGUGGCAUAUUUGGGGCGCGGCACAGCCUGUUCCCCCCGUAAAGGUGUAAGUAUAGUCUCACCUGCAGGAAGCAAGGAGGCACCACCUACGCAGGCUGACCUGGCCCCCACGAAGCGCAGCAAUCAAAGCCCCGGCUCUGGGUCCUUCCCUCGCAUCACAGCAGCCCCCCCAUCAGCAGGGCCACAGCCUCCUUUCUGCCCUGGGGAGGAGGAAAGCAGAGCGAGCUGCGCAGGGGCGACGCUGUUUGGCUGCCUC